GAAUAAAAAAUGGUUCCAAUUCGUAUGCUCACCCUCUUCCUUCUGGCUACGCAGCUUUAUUGGUCAUUCACUCAUGGUUCUAGUGACCAAGUUAGAAAGGCGUACAUUGUGUAUUUGGGAGAGGCACCGCCGUUAAGAAGCAAUGCUGUUGUUCAUCAACACAACUUACUUUCUUCAGUAAUUAAAGAUGAGAGUAUUGCCCAACAAGCUAGAAUACAUAGCUACACCAAGAGUUUUAAUGCAUUUGCAGCAAACCUAUUGCCAAAUGAAGUUCAAAAACUUAAAGAGAACGAAAAUGUGGUGUCAGUAUUUCCUAGCAAAGUACGAAAACUUCAUACAACAAGAUCAUGGGAUUACUUAAGAAUGCCUCUCUCAAUAAAGAGAAAUCUUCAAAUUGAAAGUAAUAUUAUUGUUGGAGUAUUAGAUACAGGAGUUUAUAUGGGUGCUCCAAGUUUUAAUGACAAAGGAGUAGGACCUCCUCCAUCAAAAUGGAAGGGUAGAUGCCAAGUAGUAGGCAAGUUUACCGGCUGCAACAACAAGGUAAUAGGUGCAACUUUCUACAACAACGACCCCAAAUUUCCCCAAAGAAAGCCAUCCCCACUAGAUGUUGACGGCCACGGCUCUCACACUUCAUCCACCAUAGCAGGUGCCACAGUAGCAGGCGCAAGCUUGUACGGUUUAGGCAAAGGCACAGCUCGAGGUGGGGUUCCAUCAGCACGCAUUGCAAUGUACAAGGUGUGUUGGCCCGAAGGUUGCAGUGAUAUAGACCUUCUGGCUGGAUUGGAUGAUGCCAUUGAUGACGGAAUUGACGUGCUAUCAAUAUCUAUCGGUGAGGGUUCAAGUGGCUUCUUUGACGAUCCCAUUGCGAUCGGUGCCUUUCAUGCAAUGAAGAAGGGGAUUUUCACAGCAUGUUCAGCGGGAAAUAGCGGCCCAUAUGUGUAUACAGUGCAGAACACAGCUCCUUGGAUAAUGACUGUUGGUGCUGCUAGCAUGGAUAUGGAGUUUAGGACUCCGAUUAAACUUGGAAAUGGCAAGGAAAAUGCUGGACUCUCCAUCAACACAUUUACACCAAAUAAGAAGAUGUACCCUCUAACCAGCGCGGCAAUAGCAGCCAAUAGUACUUUAUCGCCAGGUUCAUCUCCCUGGUAUUGUGAUCAAGGGAAGCUAGACCAGAAAAAAGUCAAUGGAAAGAUUGUGGUAUGCAAAGAAGCAGCAAAUGAAACUUACAUCAAGUCUUUGGGUGGGAUCGGGGUGUUGAUAUCUGUCAUAGGGAAGAUAGAUACGAGCUUUACAACUAUCAUCCCUGAAGCCAUUAUUGAUUUUAGUUUUGGUAACACAACUCUUACAUAUGUCAACUCAACCAAAGUCCCUCAGGCUAUCAUAUACAAGUCCAAAAGAGUUCCCAAUGCUGCUGCACCCUUUGUGGCUUCCUUUUCAUCUCGAGGUCCGACCAUACUCACUAGCACAAUACUUAAGCCGGAUAUAGUGGCACCUGGGAUAGAUAUACUUGCUGCUUACUCUAAACUUGCAUCAUUGACUGGAAGUCCUGAUGACAAUCGGUUUGAUGUAUAUAAUAUAAUCUCUGGAACUUCAAUGUCUUGCCCUCAUGUGGCUGCUGCCGCUGCCUAUGUCAAAUCAUUCCACCCUGAUUGGUCUCCUUCUGCAAUCAAAUCGGCCCUAAUGACAACUGCAACUGAAAUGAAAGUCAAGGAUGGCCUUGCUGAAUUAGCCUAUGGUGCUGGCCAAAUUGACCCGACUAACGCACUGCGGCCUGGUUUGAUCUAUGACUUGUCAACGUUGGACUACAUCAGCUUCCUAUGUAAUGAGGGCUACACUGGGACAAAUCUAAAUUUGUUCACUGAAGAUAAAACCAAUUGCUCAAGUGUCCCUAAAUUUGGAGGAUAUGAUUCCCUAAAUUACCCAACAUUGUAUUAUCAGUAUGAUGACCCUAACUCUACUAUAUCAGCCAUCUAUUAUAGGACAGUUACAAAUGUGGGCUUUAGAAAUUCUACAUACAAGGCAACUGUCACGGCACCGAAGAAUCUCACGGUCACUAUUGUUCCAAACAAACUAUCUUUUACUCAGUUGCACCAGAAAAAAUCUUUCAAGGUUACGCUAAAGGCGCCACCACAAUUCCUCCAAACUUUCCAAUAUACCCAUCGAUCAGCAUCAUUGGAAUGGAGUGAUGGUACACAUAGAGUUAAGAGUCCCAUAUUGAUUUCGCUAUCUCUACCACGAUAGAUGUAGGUGAAAUUUCUUAGGCCUAAUGUCUAAUGAUGUAGGUGUUCUGCUUCUGCCCCCCACCACCAACCCCCCCCUAAAUGCAUUUGUUAUUUGUUAUUCGAUGGUUUUUAUUUCAAUGAAAAAGAAAUAAACAUACAAGUAUUUGUUGUUUA